UCUGGGUAGGAAAAUGUCCCCAUGGGCUUGUUGUGCUGCUGUCUGCCUUCUAUUUGCAUGAUAUUUUUCUAUUCAGUCUUAUCAUCAGUGUGCUGUGAGGUGGGAGUGCUGGCUCCGUCUCAGAGGCUGGACCCAGGCUUUAUCGGCAGGCAUAUCACUGAUGGAUGCCAUCAUGAAUCAGAAAACAUAAGUUCUGCUCUCAUAAGGACGCUGCCACUUGUAUUUUUCCAGAAGAUAAUCAACGGUGGGAUGAAGAAUUGAAGUCUUAACAAAACUUUGUGCCAACAUGUCUAAACCAAUGGAUCACGUUAAACGUCCAAUGAAUGCUUUCAUGGUUUGGUCCAGAGCCCAGCGAAGAAAAAUGGCUCAGGAGAACCCGAAAAUGCACAAUUCCGAGAUCAGCAAGAGAUUGGGAGCGGAGUGGAAACUUCUCACCGAGUCAGAGAAAAGGCCAUUCAUCGACGAGGCUAAACGGCUGAGAGCAAUGCACAUGAAGGAACACCCAGACUAUAAAUACAGACCGAGGCGGAAGCCUAAGACUCUGAUGAAAAAAGACAAGUUUUCUUUCCCUGUGCCCUACAAUCUUGGGGAACACGACGCACUCAAAGUUAACGGGCUUUCCAGUGGAGCACUUUCCGAGUCCCUAAUUGGGAACCCUGAUAAGGCUGCAGCGGCUGCAGCGGCCGCAGCGGCGAGGGUAUUCUUCAACCCGUCCAUGUCCACGAACCCCUAUUCAUUUUUCGACCUGGGAUCCAAGAUGACAGAGCUUUCUCCACCUUCGUUUCCGUACGCGUCUCCACUGGGGUACCCAGGAGGCGCGACGGCUUUCUCCGGGACUGGCAGUGUCGGUGGUGGGACGCACACCCACACUCACUCACAUCCCUCCCCGGGAAACCCAGGCUACAUGAUCCCUUGUAACUGUACGGCCUGGCCCUCAGCAGGACUUCAGCCACCCUUAGCCUACAUCCUGCUCCCUGGGAUGGGAAAGCCUCAACUUGAACCAUACCCUGCAUAUGCUGCGGCAUUAUGAUAGGCCCAUUUUGGACUCCAGAGAAAUUGAAAUGUGAAAACAAACAAACAGAAAAAAAAUAUCCAUGCAAGAGUUUUAUUAUGCAUGCACAAACUUGUACAUGUGAUGAAGUGCUCGUCGUCUCAGAUAUCACAUGUGUAUGUAUAUUGAUUAAUGCCUUUAUCUAAGGUAAUGCUUAUUUAGAGAACUCUCUAAUCUAUUAUUAUCCAGCCAUCACCUCUCAGAACACUGAGGAAACGAACUGAAGGAUGGCAGAAAUGCACAAAUUUGAGAGGAAAGGGUAGCCUAUCAGACCAUUUUGCCCUUGUCAAUGUGAAUACUCAGUUGCAAGGUACCCUAUUUGAUUUCUAUCUUUUGCAAGUUGCACCUGCUCGACUAACCUGUUGGAAUCAAGGGUAGCCUAGAUAAUAGUGUUCAGCAGUGAAUAAAUACAGCCAUAUCAGUCACAGGAUCAUAACCAUGCAUUUUCUCUCAGAUAAGUUGUUGUAGGCUAAUGGAUCACUGGUUAUAAUUCAUGGGUUGAUCAAGGAGGAUGUCAUAGCCCAUUACCCUCUUGAAUGACUGUAAAUGUGUACAGAUAAAUGACUCUAGUUAAUUUGCCAUUAUAGGCUAGUGUUUGAGAUAGGGCCUGGAACUUACGUAUUUCUCUAGAAAUCCGGUGUAUAUUUUGAGUUUUUAAACCGUUUUAUAGAUGUCUGUAAUAUUUAUUGUUUAGUGGAAUCAUUAUGGUGACCCGGACAAUUUUAAGAGAUGACAAACCUAGUUCUGUAAUAUUUGCACACAAAACGUAUAGGCUGUAAUUUAUUUGAAGGUGAUAUUCAAUUUCAGUGCAUUGCAACUCUCGGUUUUGAUUCACGAGUCGGUCCCCUCCACCCACCCACCCAUCCCUCAAACAAUAGCAAAGUUCCUACAGAUACAGGUGGCCGAAGUUUAUUAUAGGAGUUUAUUAUAGGAGGCUUUCUUGACACCCCAACCCCCUUCCCCCCGUAUCAUGUGCAAGAGAAAAAGCGUUUUUAACUAACUCUUAUGGAAUUUGUAUGUUUUGUGUUUUCUUUAACCACCGUUAUGUACUUCAGACUAUUGCUACUCUGUUCACUUGUUGAGCAAAAGGACUACAAUAAAGCGAAUGCGGAUUAAA